AUGAGCUCUUUUGAAUAUUGCGACAAUGUUACAUCUACAAUCCAUAAAAGCCUUUGGGAUCCAAGGGGAGGAAUUAUUUUCGACAAGAGAAUCUACGAGACACCCGUGACCACUUUUCGAACUUUAUCUUUGAGGACAAGGAUAUACUCGAAUAGAGCGGAAAUGAUACGAACUAGAGAUGUACCCGCAGCAGCAGGGCCCACUUCGCGCCGAAUGAUCGCACGAGCAGCAGGGAGUCACGCGAGCUUCGCGCUGCGACGCCCGUCGCGGCCCAACAGAGGCUGCUUGGGUCCGAGGUGCCGCACCGUGACGCUCGUCGCGACUCAACAGAGACCUCAGAUAUCCCAAGUCUCGCGGCGCAAGAUGUGCCGCAUCGUGACGCGGCUUGAGCUUGGACGGGAGGCGCAAAAGUUAGGACUUAGGAGCUUGAGCAACGAUUUUCCUUAA